AAAAUCUCACGCCCUUCCAUUAGCCGAUCAGGCAUUGUGCUGGUCGAACGUACAAAGUGGGCUGCUUGGCAGGCUUGACCGGGUACCAUAUUCAAAUAUUCCCGCCUUUCCAUCGGAACCUCACACCUUUCGAACAGGUGUUUCUUUUAUGAGAUCAAGUUACCUUUGCGAGCAGUUUCCGAUUCUCAGCAGUUGUUUCUUGCGAGUUGACCUUUCGCUGUUGAUCGAGGCGACUCGAUUUCGCUGUCCGCUCGGUGGCUACAAGAAAAAACCACAUUUAUUCCGUUAACGUCUCAAAUGUAAUGUUUGCUGCUUGGUGAUGUCGAUCAAUUGCAAACGUCCACACAACGGCAAAAUGGCCGCCCUUUUCGUGUCCCUGGCAGUGCUGGUUUUCGGCAACCUGGACGGCGCUUGCUGCGAAAGGGAGCACAAAGUGCACAACAUUGUGCUCUAUCCAGAGAAGCAUUCAUGGUGUCAGACCACUCCCAUUCAGCAGGUGGUGUCCGCGCCUGGCUACGAGCCGGUCACUAUCCAGAACAAUGUAUGUGUGGGCGCAUGCUUCAGCUACAGCAUCCCGAAGAGCGAGCCUGCGGAGCCCGGCGAACUGAUCAGGCCCUACUGCGACAGUUGCCAACCGUCCGAAAUCAAAUGCUAUCACGUCAAUCUGCAAGCCGAUGGAAACAAGGUGGAAGUGCCGGCUGUCCUGCAAAAGCGGGUGCAAGUGAUCAGGAAUUGUUCGUGCCAGAGUUGCGACAAGGUCCGCGUGGAAGACUGCGCCAUCAACGACACCAACACGAUGGAGCUGCCGCUGAAUCUCUACGUGGAUGUGGAGAGCUUGAACAAGCCGAACGAAGACUACAUCCACCCUGAUCUGUUCGAGGCGCAGAACUCGCCCAAACAGCAUUUUGAAAACGACGCCAAGCUGAAGAGCAAGCUGAAGAAGUGGUUUGAAAAUUACGAGAACAGCGAGAAUCAGCACACCGCUUUGGCUAAUCUGGACGCCGACCUGGACAUUGAUAGGCGAAAUGAGAAGAUCAACAAAGACCUGGAGGGUUUGCCCAAGACGUUCGGCUUGGAGGGCGUAGCCAGCAAUCAGCGAGGUUCGCACAUCGGCAUGGGGAUCGUGCACCAUCCAAACGACGUGGUGGAUAUGGAUGCGAAAGAUUCUCUGGAAAAACCCGCGCACCAUCCGCACCACCCUCACCAUCACAGUGGGGAGAGCUCGAGCGAACACCACCACCAUCACCACUUGGGUCAAGUCCAGCAUUUAGGUCUUGAUGUCGCCCAACUGGUGAAAGGGCCUCAUGGGUCAAUGGUAGCAGCGCCGACGGAAAUUCGACUUCACAUCGACAACGACUCGUUGAAACCCAACGAUGAAGGAUUAGUGGUCGAGUAUGAGAACCAUCAUUCAAAGGGAGCGCUGCAAAAGUCGGAUAUUUUCGAUGGUUCCGACUAGAGUGUGUGAUUUCUUUGUGCGAAAUUCACUCACUUGCAAUUGACGAAACCAAAGCGUUUCCUGGAAGAAUUGAGUGUUUGAAAAAAUUGAUAUGCUACUUAAAUUAUUUUACGAUUAUUCGAAAAUUCUAGUCUAUACAAGGUUUCAUGCAGCUGGUGGUUUUUGACAAAAGUCAAUAGUACAAAACUGGAAUUUUUUGAGUGCAAAUGCAUUUUGGGCGAUCUUGUAUAAUGACGUUUUAGGCUGUGUGGAUUACUUAAGAUCGAAUAUUAUUUAUGAUUCUAAAUACUACUUUAUCUUUUGUUACUCUUUGAUUAUAUUCUAUUCUACUACAUGUUACUACCCCAAAAUAGGUGCAUAAAGCUCGCGUUGCCUCUAAAAAGGUCCAGCAAAGUUGGGGAUUUAUGCACAUUUAGUGAUACUCUACUAACAUUUACUUUAAGCCGACACUGAUGUACUUAUCUUGACACCUUUUCAAUAAAAUCAACCCUUUUUG